GCACACAAUUGCUGGACGUCAACAGCUCGCUGUAAAAAUAUACCUUACAUACAGCAAAAGUUGGAAUCUAUCGUGGCACGCGAUUUUAAAAGCCAAAUUGAAACAUGCAUUCGACCUACAGGAAGCAGUACAUCACGGUGCGCAGCGGGUUUGCUGCCGCUAAGGUAGUUCAGGAUCGCUUAGGCUCGGUGUACCCAACCUUCGAGGAGGUUGUGCAGGGAAAGAAAGAGAAGAUAUCCCCAAAUAUCAUCAAUGGGAGCUACGAGAGCCAGGACCAGUAUCUGAAAACUCUCUUCUGGCUCAUGAGGGAAGACUUUGUCUCGCCCCUGAGAAAAGGGAUCGAAGAAUAUCGAGAAUGGUUACGUAGCCAUCGCACACAUGACUCUACCUUUGAAUCAUCGCAAGUUAAAAUUCACCCGAGAGUGAUGAUUGGAGAGAAACGCAUGGGAAAAAGAAGUUGCAUCCCUAUGGCGUGUGUCCCGGACCAAAGGAAUUAUUCUGAGAAGGACCGGUUCAAAAUGUUCUUGCCUGGUUCACUGCUUUGCUUCUCCAAUGACUCAUUCCGCUCUCUCAAGUUAGCCACUAUCGUCUUUAGAGAAUUUCGCUCUUGCGAGACUCGCAUUAGUUUGCGUUUUUGGAAUGAGCCUGACGUGCCCCUUGAUGAAACAUUCACAAUGGUUGAGUGCGAAGCUUUCUUCGCACCUUACUUGCAUGUGCUCUCUGCUUUGAAUUCCACGGAUCCCAAAAAGGUUCCAUUCAAGAAGUACUUUGUUGAUGUGAUCAAAGAAGAUCACCCACCCCAGUAUCUGAACUGCUACAGCAUGCCUAUUGAGGUUAGCGGUGUGGACCAACAAUUUAUAUUCAACGUGACCAACUUGGAUAGCUGGCCCACCGCCGCAGAGCUAGGCCUGAAUGCGUCUCAGCUUGUUGCUUUGAAGACCGCCCUAACGGCCGAAUUGGCCGUCAUUCAGGGGCCACCUGGAACAGGGAAAACGUUCAUGGCCCUCAAGAUUGCCGAAAUCCUUCUCUCAAACAAAAUUGCCUUAAAAAGGCGGACUCCAAUCCUUGUAGUCUGCAUGACCAAUCACGCUCUGGACCAGUUUUUAGUUGGAAUGCUGAAAUUUACUGAUAAACUUGUUAGAGUCGGGGGCCAGUCCAAGUGCAGGGAGCUGGAUAAAUACAACUCCAGUAAUAAGCUUGGUGUUAGUCUCGCCAACCAGGAUGUCAUUGGAAUGACAACGACUGGUGCUGCUAGAAUGAAAUCAGAAUUAGAUGGCAUUGGUUGCCAAGUGGUGAUUGUAGAAGAAGCGGCAGAAGUCCUGGAAGCUCACAUUAUUGCCUGUCUCUCAGAAAAACUGCAGCAUUUGAUUUUGAUUGGUGACCACAAACAGCUGCGUCCCAAAGUUGCCGAGUAUGAUAUGGAGAAACUCAAUCUGCACAUUUCCCUGUUUGAAAGAAUGGUGAUCAACAGGGAAAAAUGUUGCACCCUUCAGGUCCAGCAUCGUAUGGCACCGGAAAUUUCUCAGCUCAUCGUACCGCUGAUCUAUGAGAAUUUGCAAAACCAUGAAAGCGUCCACCACAAGCCUCAGCUGAAAAGUCUGCUGAAGAGAGUCUCCUUUGUCACCCAUGAAAAUCUGGAGUCAAAGGUGAAAUUGAGCACCAGUAAGCGCAACCAAUUCGAAGCAGAGUUUUUGGUCGCGCUCUGCAAGCACCUCCUGUAUCAAAUCGGCUACACUUCAGAGGAUAUCACAAUUUUAACAACCUACAAUGGACAAGUUGAUUUGAUCAGACAAUUGAUUCGCAUGGAUAAAUCGGACAAAUCAGAGGUGGCUAAAGCAUUAAAGAAGGUUAGAGUAGCUGUGGUAGACGACUACCAGGGCGAGGAAAGCAAUAUCAUCCUUCUGUCUCUUGUAAGAAGCAACGAGAGUGGAAACAUUGGAUAUUUAGCCAAGGAAAACAGGGUGUGCGUCGCACUGUCCCGAGCCAAGAAUGGACUUGUCAUGGUCGGAAACAUGGACUGUCUGUCAUCCAGAAGUCACCUCUGGGAUUCCAUCAGGCACACGCUUGAAAACCAGGAUGCCAUUUCGGACUCACUGACCCUGAGGUGCGAGUCUCACCCCAGCCAUACAUUCAAAGUGCAAGAUGCAGAAGAUUUCUAUACGCUGGCUCCACACGGGGGCUGCGACCAGCCAUGCGUGAAGACGCCUGGUUGCGGCCACCCUUGCCAGGACAUUUGCCAUAUCGUUUGCCCAGAAGAUGAGUGCCCUGAACCUUGCAUCCUGCGUUAUGGUGAAGAGGAAAUGCAUCCCUGUACCUUGAACUGCCACAUCGUUAGCGGCAAGAAGUGCGAAAUCUUGCUCCCGUGCAGAGUACACACUAUUGAAGUGGAAAAUGAUGAUGAGCUGCCUGAUAUGGUUUGCCAAAAGCCAUGCACUAAGCUGAGCAAGAAGUGCCGCAAGGAUCACAUUUGUCCAAAGCUGUGUUCAGAGGAAUGCGGCCUGUGUGAAGUCAAAGUGGGUGUCAAGCAAAACUGUGGCCACAUCCUCCUCAAGCAAUGCCAUGAAGAUGUUGAGGACGAAUGCAAUGAACGUUGUCUUAAAGAGCUGGAUUGCGGACAUGAGUGUCAGAAGAAGUGCUUCGAAAGCUGUUCCCCGUGCCAGGCUUGCCAGCUUGAUUUGAUUGUUGAAAAUUGUAAUGAUUUGACGCUCAAUCGCACUGAUUGAGCUCGAGUAACAAAAUUUUUAGUCUUAGUCCUUUGAUGGCGUUAUUAAUCGCAGAAUCCAAAUUUGGAAAGCUAAAUUUCGUUUAUUCCGAAAAUAUACACUAAUGUGAAGUAAAAUUUCUAAUAAUUUGUAUGUGACAAUCAUAUUAAUUCCUUGUUAGUAUAAUGAUAUGUCAGUUUAUAUCUAAUUUGUGCUUAAGAUUAGGUUUUUCACAAACUUUGAUGAUGAGCAGCCAAAAGCUAGUUUUUUAUUUUUUUGCAUGAUCGGAGAUAAUGUUUUGAAUUUGUGAACAUUCAAUCUGAUUUACUAUUUGAUAUGCAACUCUACCUUACUUGUAAAUGAUGAAUUUUCUACCAAAAUAUAGUUUUAAAGUUGAUAUUGAGAACCACAGUAA